AUGUAUUCUUCUUCAUCUUCUAUUCGUAACGUUGGUAUUUUGGCUCAUGUAGAUGCAGGGAAGACAACAGUGGUAGAAAGAAUGCUUUUUUAUAGUGGGUGUACGCGUCAUCUUGGUUCGGUGGAUAAGGGGUCAACGGUUAUGGAUUGUCUUCCUAUGGAAAGACAAAGAGGAAUUACAAUUAAAUCAGGUGCAAUAUGGUUUUUAUGGAAUGGUCAUCGUAUUAAUCUUAUUGAUACUCCUGGUCAUGCGGAUUUUGUGUUCGAAGUAGAACGGGUACUUUCUGUUAUGGAUGGAGCGGUUGUUUUACUGGAUGCAGUUGCUGGUGUAGAGGCUCAGACUGUUCAUGUAUGGCAACGGACUUCUGUUUGGAAACUUCCUAAGCUUAUUUUUAUUAACAAAAUGGAUCGGCUGGGUGCUGAUUUUACACGAGUUCUUGUACAGCUUCAGCAUCAGCUGGGUGCUCGACCAGUUCCGAUGCAAGUGCCUAUUUUUGAUAAUAAAUCAGGGAGGAAUGAUUCUUUUUGUGGAAUUGUUGAUAUUGUACGUAUGGAAUCUCUUUCUUGGUCGUCUGGAGAUGGUACUAUGUUUACACGAGAGCCAUUAGCCAUUAUUUCUGAUCAAGACUUUAUGAGUCAAGUGGCUUCUGCACGUACUUUAUUAAUAGAAACAUUGGCUGAUGUUGAUGAAAAUUUAAUUGAUGCAUUUCUUGUUUCUGGUUGCGAUCCAUUACAACUUGAUUCGAAUUCUUUACAACAAGCAGUUCGUCGAGCAACUCUGUCAAAUUAUCUGGUCCCUGUUUUUUAUGGUUCUGCACUUAAGAAUAUUGGUAUUCAGCCACUGUUAGAUGCAAUGGUAGCCUAUUUGCCGUCAAUUAGAGAACGUCAAGAUAUCUUGAGAUUAUGCGUUUCUGGUGAUCUUUCUAUUGGUUCUGUUUCUAAUUCUGUUUGCAUAAAUAAUGCUAGUUCUCUUGAUUUAAAUAUUCUUUCUGAAAAUGAUUCCGUAUUAAAAAAGACUGUAUCUACUACUGAAGAUAUCUCAAAGUCUUGUUUUCAAAAACAGACUCAAUUUCGAGAUACCUUUCAUGCAGAGACAAAUGUUUUGCCAAUACCAAUUUUAUCUUUGGUUGAUAUCUGUCGAGGGAGUACCAAUGUUUUUGCUAUUGUUUUUAAGGUUAAUAUUGAGCGAGAAAUCAAGUACGUUUAUGUUUCUGUACGUCAAGGCUGUUUUAGGAAAGGUCAAUGGUUACGUGUUACGCGAGGUAAUCGUAUACGUGUUGGACCGUUGUUUGAGGGUUUUGGCGGAACUACUGUUUUAUCUUCAAAUUUUUCUGUUUUUUCUCAAUCGACUGAUGGUGUUAAUAAAAUUAAUACUGGUCCACCAAUUGAUAAAAUUGAGGAAGGGAAUUGGGGUAUAAUGGCGUGUGAUGGUGAAGUGCGUACUGGAGAUAUAUUUCUAGAUGAUAUGAAUGUUAAGACUGAUUCAAUAAUUAAUCAUACCACAAAUUUGAAAAAUCAUGGUACAUUAGAUGCUUUAACGAGCAGUAAAUUGGAUAUAGGGUAUUUUUUAGGUUUAGGAUUACCUGCUCCUGUCCUUACAGUAUCUCUUGAGCCUGUUGGUAUUUCAACAAUGUACUCUUUAUCACGGGCUCUUAUAUGGCUUUUGGAUGAAGAUCCGAGUUUGCGAGUUGAUGAUAAUGAUGGUCAAGUAUUGUUAAGUGGGAUUGGCGAGUUGCAUAUUCAAGCAGCAUGUGAUCGUUUGCGUAAUCAUUUUUGUAUAGAUUUUCAAGUAGGUAAUGUUCGGCUUCGCCGUUGGGAAAAGGUUUUAGCCGGAUCAGUGGUCCAAAAAAUAUACAAAACUAGCAUUCAAGGACGUGAAUUAUUUUUGGAUGUAAAGGUUCGUUUAGAGCCUAUAAAUAGUCAGAAAAAAAUUCAAGACAAUGCAGAUAAUGAAAUUAUUAUAUGUGAUUCAGUUAUAGCUUCGUAUUCAUAUUUGGGUUCCAAGAAGGUUAAAAAUGCAUGUAUUGCCGGUAUUUCUGCAGGUUUACUGUCUGGUCCUAUUGAAGGAUUUCCUGUAACUGGCGCCAAAGUAAUUUUAGAGUCUGUUGAUGCCUAUGGAACUGUUAUUACAGCAUCCAUUUUAGGAUCUGCUGUACGUUUUGCUGUUGCUUAUUUGGUCUCAGUUUUUCCAAAACAUUCUAUUUCUGUUAUUGAACCAAUAAUGCAUGUAAUAAUUACUCUUCCUCAUGAAAAGGAUAUAGGGAAUGUAGUAAAGGAUCUUAUGGGUUUGCGUCAAGGAAAAUUGGUUUCUAUGGAGGGAAAUCCUACUGGACAGCACGUUCUUAUUGCACUAGUAUCGCUUAGAUAUAUGUUGGAAUAUACAACGUAA